AUGCACCCCAAAUCGAUCCAGGUUCUUCUCAGAACCCCAAAUUCCCGCCGCCUCCAAACCCUAACAUUCGAUCCAUCGCAGCCCCAAACCCUCCGCUCCCUAAAGCUCUCCUUGAUCCCCAACCAUGGAAACCCCGACGCUUUCUAUUACCGCCAACGGGAGCUCCUCUGCGCCUGCCUAAUCGCUUCUUCCAUUCCUUCCGCAGAUCGUAUCUGUAAAAGGGUAAGCAACCUCCUUCCUUCCCCUCCCUUUCACCUUUCCCCCCUCUCUCUGUAA